AUGACAAGCUACCGGCAUGGUGGUUGGUUCUCGCCACCCUGGUGGGUACACGAAAAAGAUGCUGCUAGAGCUGUUCUUUCCCGCUUAGAAGCAAUCGCCUUAACCCAGCGUAGGAGGUCUCCAAGAUCCCCGAGGUCACCACGAUCUCCGGUUCCCCCUAGAUCUCCCAGAUUAAGCCCUGUCCAUAUACCUUUGUCUCCUAGCAACACUCUUCAGGUGCCACACAUCAAGGUCCGAAGGCAUAGGUCCCUGCCCGAUCCCCAUGCUAUCCAAGCGCGAAAAAAACAGCAACAAUUGGAAAAACUGCAAGCUCAAAGGAGCGCUUCUGUUCGCCUACCGGGUCACCGUACUAUACCUGAAGGAAACGGAAGAUUUCGAAUAAUCGUUAAAAAAUCGAAACCCUUGUUGGGCAUCGCAAUCGAAGGAGGUGCUGACACAACUCAACCACUGCCCCGAAUAAUCAGUAUACAUAAUGCUGGUGCUGCAUUCGAGGCUGGCGGCCUGAAGGUCGGCCACAUCAUUCUCGAGGUGGACGGCAUCCAGAUGAGCAAGCGACCCCACCACGAGGUGGCGCAGCUCAUCGCACACGCCUUCUAUAGCACGGACAAGGACCAGGUGGAGUUCGUGGUCGUGGAGACCUCCAGGAACAUGGAGUCCGAAGUCAGGAGGACCUCGAUCAUGGUGUUUGACUAGACAGAUCAUCUUUUUUCCAUCCAUUGCUGCACCACAAGACACCAACAAACAAUCACAAAAUUCAAAGACCCAACACGUCCUAAAGAAAACAUCUGCUUCAAUCCAUCUCCUAGCUUGAUAUCUGUGUUCACUAAAAAAAAAAAAGCAUUUUUCUUUGUUGUUGUUGUAACGCAGGUGAAUUUCAAUGUAAUAAGUAAGAAUUCCAUUCCAUUCACCGAUCUUUUCUCAUUUUUGUGAUUUAAACACCUUUCACGACAUUCGGUUUAUCCGAAUCUUCGAACAU